GGUGGUAUGAGCCAAAAUGCAUCAAUCUCUCUUCCCCCCAAUCACCCACUCGGCCAGCACCAUCAAGAGGAGAAGAACAUCUGCAAACACACCUCCAUAGCCAAGAAAAAACCGAGCUCAAGGUUGAAGAAGACUCAAGGAAGAAGAAAGGAUUGGGAAAGAAAAGAAAAACUUAGAAAAAUUAAGGAAUUUUACCAAGGUAUUCUAGACUUCUCGAGGAAUCUAGGAGUGGCCGGGAAGUCGCCGGAGCCGCCGGAGUUUCGCCGGAAAAUUCCAAAAGUCACCGGAGAUCAAACAAAGAGGAUAAAAGCUUGCUAGCGUCAUUUCGAGGUUGAAGCUAGAGCUUACUUCCUGCACCCGUUGCUCGGGAGAUCAAUGGAGAGAAGACGUGGAAUGGGUGGUAGUGAUAGGGCGGUUCGAGGAAAUCCGAGAGGGCGCGCACCGGGGAUAGCCGGGCAAGCCAAUCGGGGGAUAUCAAGGUCGCGUAAAAGGCGAGGUAUGGGCAAUCAAGGCCCACGAACACGAGCCACGAUGGCUGAUCACAACGUGACUGAGUUCGAGUCGUGGAACUCGGAUGAUGACUCAACUUAUCACCCUGAAAGCGAGUCAGAUGAAACUUCUUUUCAGGAAAACAGUGGAGAGGAUAUACAAUGUAUUCCUCCCGAACAUGUUAGCGAGAUGUACCGAUGGUACCAACGUGAAAGGGGAAGACAACGACAGGGAUCUCAGGAGGGACAUGUCAGAGGCGAGACCUCUCUCAUGAGGGGUCAGGGUGCUCAUAGAGCACAGGUUAGGACAGUCAGAGAUUCUGAUGGCGAAGGACCAUUCUUUAAGAUCUCGAAGUACCUCAAAGAGGCUAGAGCCUUGGGGUGCAAGCCAUUUGAUGGAACGGGGGACAUAUCGGAAGCAGCCGAGUGGAUAAAAAGGUUAAAUGAUGCAGCUGAUGACAUGCAAGUGGUCCCUGAACGAAAGUUAAGGGUAGCUACUAGAUUAUUGGAGGGUUUAGCUUCUACUUGGUGGGAAGGCACCAAGGGUAAGUUUGACGGGGUUGUCACGUGGGACAACUUCGAGCAAGCAUUCUAUGAGCAGUUUUACACCUCUUUCGAAGUAAAUCGAAAGAGGAGGGAAUAUAUCGAUCUCAAACAGGGAAAUGAGUUUACGGUGAAGCAACUGGAACAAAGAUUCCGACAUCUGGCAAGGUUUUUGCCUGAGUAUGCCGCAAAUGAGAACCGAAUGGCAAACCAUUUUUGGAAUGCACUCAAUUUGGAAAUACGCGAAAGAGCGACCUACCAAUUCAACAUGACUUUUAGUGAAGUAGUAGCCCAGGGUCUCCAGGGGGAGGAGCUUUGGAAGGAAAGGCAAGCAAGGGAUGCAAAGGAAGCACAAGAAAGAGAUCAGGCGAUCGUUCACCCUCCACGACGAGAGGGGAAGUAUGAACUUCAGAGCAAGGGGAACUCUAACAAGUCAGUUCCGUUUUUCAGUGAGAGCCAGGACUUGGUAAAUCAAAGCUCAAGCACUCGAGGCACGGGGGCACCCAAAUGCGAGAAUUGUAGGCGAAGGCACUACGGUAGAUGUCGAGAGCCAUCUAGAUGCUACUUUUGUGGAGAAACAGGCCACAUCAAGGUCCUUUGUCCUCAACGUACGCGUGAAGGAACAUCAGGAGCUAGAGGAGGGGUCACGGGGGUUGAAAACCCAACUAGGGUUGCCUCAAACAUGGUACCUUCUACAAGUCAAUGGCGAACUCGCUCGUGAAGGCCGGCAAUGGCGGAAGCCAUUUGUUAGGCCCGACUAUGGCACAAGUCCAGAAAAUACAACUUUCGGGACCGAAUGUACACUUUGGGACAUAAAGGGAUGACCUCCCACAUGGGUGGGGGCCACCCUACGAAAUUAUUCAGCAAAGUAGACAAAAGGAUGGCUGUACAAUGGUAGGAAGGAGAUGAGAAGUUGACUUGAAGUGAUAAGCAUGAAUGAGAGACAUAUGUGGACCCUUUUCCUUUAUUAUUAUUGGUGGUAUGAGCCAAAAUGCAUCAAUCUCUCUUCCCCCCAAUCACCCACUCGGCCAGCACCAUCAAGAGGAGAAGAACAUCUGCAAACACACCUCCAUAGCCAAGAAAAAACCGAGCUCAAGGUUGAAGAAGACUCAAGGAAGAAGAAAGGAUUGGGAAAGAAAAGAAAAACUUAGAAAAAUUAAGGAAUUUUACCAAGGUAUUCUAGACUUCUCGAGGAAUCUAGGAGUGGCCGGGAAGUCGCCGGAGCCGCCGGAGUUUCGCCGGAAAAUUCCAAAAGUCACCGGAGAUCAAACAAAGAGGAUAAAAGCUUGCUAGCGUCAUUUCGAGGUUGAAGCUAGAGCUUACUUCCUGCACCCGUUGCUCGGGAGAUCAAUGGAGAGAAGACGUGGUUCGUGCUUCCUCUCGUUCUAUUUUUAAAUAAUUAAAUAAUGCUCAUGGAACUAUUUUGACUUAUAAAUUAAUAGAGCCUGCGAGCUCUUGUUUUACCCUUGUGUGGGUUCUUAUUAAACACUUAUAUUCCGCUAUGUGUUUAAUUGUAUGUUGAUGUUGUUAUGUAUGUUUACUAAUCGGUUUUGGCAUAUGUAUCUAUCGGACGUCUUGUGCAAUUCGGUAAGGAUGGACUGUGGUUAUUCUUAUUGGGUUGUACGACGGUUGUCCACGUGGCACAGACGCGGUCUGGGGCGUGACAGACUGGGUAUUGAACUAAGCACAUGUUUGAUAGGAUCAAUCUUCCACCUUGACUUAGAUUUUUCUGCUUCCAGGAUGAUAGCUUUGAAUCAAAGUGAUUUAUGAGAUUUGUGCAGUAGUGGAAUUUAUUUAAUCCUUUAUGCAGAUUGGCUCCUAAGUACUUCAUUGGAAGGUGUGAUUUCUUCAUACCCAAUAUCUUCUGUAUCACAGAGGCUCUGUAGGUGGCCUGUUUGCCAGUUAUGAAGCUGCUUUUAUCAAGACAUUGUUAAGUUCUUAAUACUCAAUUAAAUAAGUCUGAUGCUCAUUAAAAGUGUUUUAAUGCUCAUAAUAGGUCCAAUGCACAUUAAAAGUUCAUAAAUGCUCAUUUAACAGAAAUUGUAAUUUCAUCUCAAUAGAGGAGAUUUGAUGCUCAAUGAAAAUGGUGUUAUGUCAAACUAACAAAUCUUACGAUUUUCAUAUCAAUGAAC